CCGUCAUCGGUAAACCAUUCACUUAUUGCCACCGCAGCUUCACACGGUGUGACAAUAUCAUUGUAAUUUGUGUUAACUCGUCCAGCAAUAGAGUUGUUUGAUUGAUUUUCUUCGAUUUUUUUGUUCAUAUAUUUUGUUUCGCAUCAACUCAGUCUGCAUAUUUUCAGAGUGCAUUCAAAAUGAUGAUCGCACAGUGUCUUUUAGUGGCCGGUAUCGCAACAGUAGCGAUAUCCAUGCCAGUCUCCCAGGAAGAAUAUGCCAGGUACAUAGCUCAGCAACAGACGGAAAAGGGCCAACCGAUCCGCAGACCCGUAUUAUUACAGGUGGUCCCAGCCGGCGGUGCAGCUUACCAACAACCGGCGGCAGCAUCACCUCGACCAGCUUACCAACAGCCAGCCGCUUAUCAGCCACAGCCAGUUGCUUACCAGCCCCAACCUGCAGCAUACCAACCCCAGCCCGCAGCGUACCAACCAUCAUCGUACCAGUCACCCCAGGCCUACCAGCAACCGGAAGAGUACCAACAACCGGAACAACCAUAUCAGCCAUCCGCCCGACCACAAGCACCGCGCCCAAAGGUCCCGACUAAGCCGAAAUAUCAGAAUAGGCCCGAAAAACCGGAAGACGAAGAAAACGACAACAAUCCUAAUGCUCAGUACCAGUUUUCGUUCGACAUCAGUGACGACGAGUCAACAAACUACCACAACCGCAAAGAACAGAGAGACGGUGAAAAGAUUUCAGGAAGUUAUAGCGUCGUAGAUUCAGAUGGAUUUAUCCGUACAGUCACAUAUACUGCCGAUCCUGAAGAGGGAUUCAAAGCCGAAGUGAGCCGAGAACCGACCAACAUUCAAAUUAAGAUUCCCACUCCAGCACCACAAACGGCAUCGCCAGCACCUCAAUACAGAUUGCCCGAAAGGAAAGCCCAGCAGCCGCAGUACAUAUCAGUCCAGGCUAGCGAACCCGAGUCCGCGGCGCAACCGGCCGAACCGAUCUCCGGUUACUACCGCAGUCCGCCGCAACAGGUGGUCGUCAAGCAGGCGCCGGCCGCGCACCGAUUCGCCGCGCCCAGGCCACAGCCCGGCCACAAAGCCAGCGCGCUGGGCUACGCGACGGCGCCGACCAACUCUCCGACGAUCGUCUACCAAGCGUACGACCAGUAAACAAAUGCACAGCAACAAUAGCACGCGCGCACGCACACAUUGCAGUCGCGCGUGGCGGUGGACGGACGGUGGCGCGGCCGUCGUCCGGCGCUA